AUGGCCUCCUCUCACCACCUCAUAAACCUCCACGACCAUAGAUCGCUUGCCAAUGAUACCGCCUCAUCCUCAUCUGUGAGCCUCGAGGGCACACAUAAGCAAACGAUCCUAUCGAAAGUAUUCUACAGCGGCAGACGAAACCUAUUCAAAUAUGUCAGUGGCCUUUUGUUUCUCGGUUUCGCUGCACAAUCUGUGUAUCUGUAUCCGCUCGAGGCUGGAUUAGUCCGCAUUCCCAACGACCCUUUCGAUAACUGGUUUGGGCACGAUGUUAGCAACACUAGGCCCGAGGUCUGGAGCGAGGAAUGCCAGUUAUUUUUGCGUAACGUUUUACCGGUGCCAGUUCAUUCUCAUAUCGAUUACGAGCGCCGGAUUCCUCUCUUCGAAGCACUCGGGUCCGGGUGCAUAAGCGUUGAAGCCGAUGUCCACUUGAAAGACAGUGAUCUUCUAGUCGGGCACUCUGACGCAAACCUACACAAAGAUGUUACGCUGCGUUCCCUAUAUUUGGAUCCCCUCCAACGUAUUUUGCAAGCGCAGAACGUGGCGACUAGUACUCGACGCGGCGUUUUUAACCUCGCCCCUGAGCAAACUCUAGUCCUCCUCGUGGACUUUAAAAGCUCAGGGCCGGGGGCUUUUGCGGGGUUGGACGCCCAACUAGAAUCAUUGCGAGACCUUGAUUUCCUCACGCACUGGAACGGCACGACUCGAAUCAUGAGGCCCCUCACCAUCGUAGCAUCCGGCAACAGCAAUUUUGAUUCUGUGCUUGCCCUGAAUGAGACCCACAGGGACAUAUUUUGGGAUGCCAAGCUCGAAAAAUUGGUCGCCGGCGAUGACAACUUAGAUAACGAGUCGCCCACAUACAAGUUCAACCAGUCGAGCUCUUACUUUGCCUCGACAGAACUCAGGAACGCCAUGCUCUACGUCUCCCCCAGCGAUACCGGAACAUCCCCUACCCAACUCGAACAAGCAAGAGUAAGAGGCUUGCUCACACGAUAUUAG